CGCGGAGGAGCUGGGCUGCAGCCUCGGUCCCGGGCCUGGGGGCGAGAGCUGGGGGAAAAAGGGCUCGGGGUCCUUCCCCAGAGCUGCCCUCCCCGGGCAGCGGCUGAAGCACAGAAGUAUUUAUGGAGAGGUGUGUGCGUGUGCUCGGGGAGUGGAGCAUCGGGGGCAGCCUGCUGGCUCGUGGGGAAGGGAUGUCUGUAGGUGUGGGCUUCUAAUCCGCUGGGGGCUUUCUGAAUUCGGGCCGGAGAGAAGAGCCCGAGGAGCAGCCGGAGUCGCCUUCGGCCCGGCAGCGGCACCUGCUGCGUGUGAAGGAGCCGAGGGACUCGUGGAGAGCAGCCACGGAGCCCUGCGAGCAGCGCGGGGGGCAUCGAGCAGUUUCUGUCUUUGUUCCCCACAAGAUGACCUGCAGCUAAUCCAGGGAAUAGUUCUGGGUGAACUCUAGUUGAUGUCCCGGAAAAGAAUUUGAUGCGUUGCUACUCAAGGGAGUGCAAAUAAAACUUUGCAGUUAGUGACUAAUUACCGGUUGAAUUCUCGUGGUGGUGUUUGGAAGAGGACAGGGUGCAGCAUGCUCUAAAAGUUUGGAAAACUCCUGUGGAAGGCACGGCGGCUCGGGACACACGUAGUUGCGAUCCUCCCCUUUGUCAGGUGUGCAAAACUCGCAUCCUGCUGCGGAACGCCCGCUGCUGCCGGUUUUCACAUUUUUUUUGUGCCGAGGAUUCUCACAAAGGCACCGCCCGGCUCCAGUUACCGAACGCUUGCACCCUGGUGAGCCACGAGGCGCACAGAUGUGGGUGUCCGGCAGCACCAGGAGCCAGCGAGCAUUCUGCUGGCUAGCACAAGCAGGCCGCUGUCAGCACACCCUCCUUCCCCACGUGCUUUGCUGUUGUCUCUCAAGGCACGAGGCCAGUGGGGUCCGCUCGCGUGUCACCCCUCGGUCACUGGACAUGCUGCCCUGGUCCCUGCUUGUUCUGGGUGUAGGACAGUGCAGAUGAAUGCAUGAUCUAUUAUAAAGUUAUUAAAGAAAUUGAGCCAGGAGAAGAGCUCUUGGUGUAUUUGAAGGAAGGUGGUUAUUCACUUGGGAACAUGGCGCCCAGCAUGGAAGAGGAGCACACGUUUCGCUGCGAGGACUGUGACGAGCUUUUUCAGUCAAAGCUGGACCUGCGGCGACACAAGAAGUACGCCUGCAACUCCGUCGGCUCCCUCUACGAGACUCUGAACGACGAGAUCAAGCAGGAGGGCCUUGGCGAUGGGCAGGUCUACGAGUGCAAAGACUGCGAGAGGAUGUUCCCCAACAAAUACAGCCUGGAGCAGCACAUGGUGAUCCACACCGAGGAGCGGGAGUACAAGUGCGACCAGUGCCCGAAGGCCUUCAACUGGAAAUCCAACCUGAUUCGUCACCAGAUGUCUCACGACAGCGGGAAGCGGUUUGAAUGUGAAAACUGUGUCAAGGUGUUUACCGACCCGAGCAACCUCCAGCGGCACAUCCGUUCCCAGCACGUUGGCGCGCGAGCCCAUGCCUGCCCCGACUGCGGCAAAACCUUUGCCACCUCGUCUGGCCUCAAACAACACAAGCACAUUCACAGUACUGUCAAACCUUUCAUAUGUGAGGUCUGUCACAAAUCCUACACGCAGUUCUCCAACCUCUGCCGUCACAAGCGGAUGCACGCGGACUGUCGCACCCAGAUCAAAUGCAAGGACUGUGGCCAGAUGUUCAGCACUACCUCCUCUCUCAACAAACACCGGCGCUUCUGCGAGGGCAAGAACCAUUACAGCCCUGGGGGAAUCUUUGCCCCAGGCCUCCCCUUAACGCCCACUUCCAUGAUGGACAAAUCCAAGCCCUCUCCCAACCUCAACCACGCCAGCCUGGGAUUUAAUGAUUAUUUUCCAUCCCGUCCCCACCCAGGGGGUCUUCCAUUCUCACCUGCCCCCCCAGCAUUUCCUGCCCUCACUCCAGGAUUCCCAGGGAUUUUCCCCCCGUCCCUAUACCCCAGGCCCCCCUUGUUACCACCCACACAACUGCUCAAAAGUCCCCUCAACCACACUCAAGACGCAAAGCUUCCGAGCCCCCUUGGGAACCCGGCACUUCCUCUGAUUUCUGCAGUAAGCAGCAGCAACCAGGCCACUUCGGGAGAGGAGAAAUGUGAAAGCAGCCUGGAAAACUCCUACCUGGAGAAGCUAAAAGCCAGGAACAGUGACAUGUCCGACGGCAGUGACUUCGAGGAUGUCAAUACAACCACGGGCACAGAUCUGGAUACCACCACUGGCACCGGCUCUGACCUGGACAGUGAUGCGGAGAGCGACAGGGACAAAACGAAAGAUAAGAGCAAACAAAUUGAGAGCAAACCAGACUUUGUCAGCAGCUCUGUGUCUGCAAGCUCCACCAACAAUACCAGUGAGAUCCCUCUCUUCUAUUCUCAGCAUUCCUUCUUUCCUCCCCCAGAAGAGCACCUGCUACCCACCACAGGAGCAGCCAAUGACUCUAUUAAAGCCAUCGCCUCCAUUGCAGAGAAAUAUUUUGGGCCUGGCUUUAUGGGGAUGCAGGAGAAAAAGAUGGGUUCACUCCCGUAUCAUUCCAUGUUUCCAUUUCAGUUCCUCCCCAAUUUCCCCCAUUCCCUCUACCCUUUCACGGAGCGGACCCUCAAUCACAACUUGCUGGUCAAGGCAGAACCAAAGUCACCCCGGGACCUCCACAAGGUAGGCAGCACCAGCUCGGAGUCGCCCUUCGAUCUCACCACAAAGCCAAAAGAGAUAAAGCCAAUCCUGCCGCCACCUAAGGUCCUGCCAGCCCCAUCCUCAGGGGAAGAACAGCCACUGGAUCUGAGCAUUGGCAACCGCAUCCGAGCCAGUCAGAACGGAGGAAGAGAGCCACGCAAAAACCACAUUUAUGGGGAGAGGAAACUAAUGGCAAGCGAAGUCUUACCCAAGAUUUCCCAGUCUCAGCUGCCUCAGCAACCAUCCCUGCAUUAUGCUAAGCCAUCACCCUUUUUCAUGGACCCCAUAUACAGCAGGGUGGAGAAGCGGAAGGUGACAGACCCUGUGGGUGCCCUCAAGGAGAAGUACCUGCGACCCUCCCCGCUGCUAUUCCACCCCCAGAUGUCAGCCAUAGAAACGAUGACAGAGAAACUGGAGAGUUUUGCAGCCAUGAAGGCAGACUCUGGCACUUCCCUGCAGCCCCUUCCACAUCACCCUUUCAACUUCCGAUCUCCACCACCCACGCUAUCCGACCCCAUCCUGCGCAAGGGCAAGGAGCGUUACACCUGCAGGUACUGUGGUAAGAUCUUCCCACGCUCAGCAAAUCUGACAAGACAUCUGCGGACACACACUGGAGAACAGCCCUACAGGUGUAAAUACUGUGACAGGUCAUUCAGCAUUUCCUCCAACCUCCAGCGGCACGUUCGAAACAUCCAUAACAAGGAGAAGCCAUUCAAAUGCCACCUGUGUAACCGAUGCUUUGGGCAGCAGACCAACUUGGACCGACAUCUUAAGAAACACGAACACGAGAAUGUUCCAGUGAGCCAGCACUCUGGAGUCAUUACAAACCACCUUGGGACCAGUGCCUCUUCCCCAAACUCGGAGUCAGACAACCAUGCACUUUUAGAUGAAAAAGAGGAUUCGUAUUUCUCUGAAAUCAGAAAUUUUAUUGCAAAUAGUGAAAUGAAUCAAGCAUCAACUUUAGCAGAUAAAAGGCCAGAAAUCCAGGAUAUUGAUGGCAAUUCCCAGUGUCAUGGAUUAUCAAAUGAGAAAACAGAAGAUGUGGAUGAUGAAGAUGAAGAACUGGAAGAGGAAGACGAUGACAGCCUGACAGGGAAGUCACAGGAUGAAACAGUAUCACCCACCACAGAGCCCCGAGGAGCGUAUGAGGAUGAAGAAGAUGAAGAGCCCACAUCUCUCAACAUGAGCUUUGACCACACCCGAAGGUGUGUUGAGGAGGACGAAGCCGGCUUGUUAGAUUUGGAGCAGAUGCCGAAUUUUGGGAAGGGGCUGGAUCUUCGCAAAGCAGCCGAGGAAGCAUUUGAAGUUAAAGAUGUGUUUAAUUCCACCUUAGACUCUGAGACAAUAAAACAGACUCUGUACAGGCAGGCUAAAAACCAGGCUUAUGCAAUGAUGCUGUCCCUGUCUGAGAACGCUCCCCUCCACGCGUCCUCCCAGAACUCUCUGGGUGCUUGGUUGGACAUGGCAGGAGCAGCUUCAGAGUCGGGGACCUUUAACCCUAUCAACCACCUCUGAGAGGUCAACAAGGCACUGGCCAGAGUCCCAGCGAGGAGGCGGUGGUGCUGCAAUUAUCCUAGCAAAAAUCCCAGCGAGCAGAAGAUGGAUGGGAGGGCCUCAGGAGUCGCCUGGACUUUUGGCUGAGAAAGAAACCUGUCGCAUCCGACCUGCAAGUCCUGCAUUUUUACCUGUCCAGAGUUUUCAUUUGUAAUUUAUCAGAACGAACCUCUCCAAAACUGGAUAACUGAUGCAGCCCCAGGAUUUCAGUCUGUAGGAAUAGCAUAAGCAAGACAUGAAUUGCAACAGUGCAAUCAAAUAUUGAUCCCUCUAACAUUACGAGAAGGUAUCACUGCGCCAGUGAAGCCCGCAUAUAAAUCACAUCUUGAAACCAUUCGGUAGCUUAAUCCCUUCAACUCAGCCAAAUAAUGGGAUAGCAAGGAAACAGAGCCAGGUCGGACCUAUCCCUGGUGCAAUUCUGACAGAGUCACUGGAGUUACACCAGGGAAGGGUAAAUUUAAUUGACCUCAGAAAGAAUCUGAACUUGUGCACUCCCACAGAAAUAUGCCCUAUCCUUUGUUCCCAACCAAACCUACUGGCACAGCCCAAAGCUUCUCGAGUGUGAGGCCACGCUGCCUGUGGUCAUGCUACGCUACAUGCGGUGUCCCGGUUGAGAAAUCUUCAGCCUGGAGCAUUGCUGAGGCUGGGUUGUUGGUGUAUCAUGCAAAUAUGUGGUUCACAGGCAUCGGCUGUGCCCUGAAAGCCCUUCUGCCUGUGCCUGCGCCGCAAGGCUGGGAGAGCUUCCAUCUCUGGUAGUGCCUGCGAGCCCGAGCUGCUGCCUGCGCUCGGAGCAUCCCGAGUGCUUCAGAACAAAAUCCGUGCUCAGAAAAUCUCCGGCGAGCGGGGCGGUGGCAUUCGGCCCCGCUCUGGCCCCGUACCUCACGGCAGGGCCGCUUGGACCUCCCCAGGUGUGAGCACCCCCGGGUAAAUCCGUGCCCGAGAGGUGCGGGCGUGUGCGGGGAGGUGCGGGGCGGGCAGGUCCGGCCUGCGGAGGGGUGCUCGCGGCUUCUGCUUCGCCUCCCAGGGUUUGCUUCAGAGUGGUGUCUUUUCGGUGUCGGCAGUAUCUGGGAAUUGUGGCAGACAUUUCUGACUCCUGCCGUUGUUUUGGUUUGCUGGAUGGUUGUUUAUGGGCAGCACACUGCCAGUUGGCCUGUAAUUUUAAUAGGAAGGUUAAAGUUCCCUUGCUUCAGCAGUGUCAGGGGUUCAACCCACUAUUCGAGCACAUAUAAGAACAGAAUUGUCUUUCUGACUCUAAAAUUGCUCACAGAUAUUUUAUGUGUGAUUUCAAAUUGCUUCAAAGUCUCAUCUUUUUUUUACCGAUACAAAGCAGCCUCCAGAAAUGCUGUGGCGUUCGUGCCGUUGUGCGUUGUGAUCACAGUCCGGUGUUGCAGCAGUGAUUUUGCAGGUAAAGCUGAAUUUCUGAAUGGUCUGGGAAGUGAUUAGACCUAUUGCAAAGAACAACAUUGGCUAUACGGAUAAAAUUUAGGAUGUGUGUCCUGAGAAUUUGCUAUUUGCCACAUGAUAAAAAUGAGAAUUUCCGAGGCUUGGACUGCUGCUACCACCGAGUGAACGCCGGCUGGAGCCUGGGGUGCUCUGGCAGCCUGGCUGUACAAAGCCGGUGAGGCCAGGAGGAGCCUUUCCCCUCGGGUCUGCAAUAUUUUAGUGCCGGUGUGCUUCUAGCAGGUAUCAUAUCUGGUAGUAACUGCCUGCAGGCCUGGGUUGGCGGCUGGUUUCAGAGAAGCAGCACACGGUGGUCAGUGUAUCUGCCUGUAAGUACUUGACAUGCUCAGGCUCUGCCGACUUUGAAAGAAACCAGACAGGAGCUCCUGUGCCAGUCCAGGAUGGAGGAACACAACACGGGAGCCCCGUUCCAGCACGCUGAAACGAAGGAAACAGCUACUCAGAUAAGUGGAGGUUUUGUUAGGGACCCUUUGUAAUUCGCUCCUUGCUCCCCAGAGCACACCUGGGGCUCGUUUUGGAUAGUCAGGAGCCUCAGACCACCUGAGAAGGAAGGCAUCUCUAUACGUCGGUAUAGGAGGAACAAAAGGUAAACUGGCGGCGUCGGUGCAUUUUCCAAGAAAAUUUACCCUUCCCAUUUGGUUCUCCACAUCACCCUGUGAAAGUGCCCAAGGCUCUGAAUCCACCAGGCAGCGGAAGCCGAACUGCUUCAUGUAUUUGCACAAAGCUCCCGGGCAGACACGGCCCAGGACCCGGCACUGUCAGGAGGCACCGGUCUGCGAGCGGCGCUGGGACGCCCCCAGCCCCUGCUGCCCGCUCGCUGCUGCUGCAGCACCGCCCUGCCCAGGCGCUCGGCCUUUAAAUUAUUCCCCCAGGGGCCAACUGAAAAUAAUAAAAGAACUGUUUUCUCUUCCGGAGGGAAUUUAUUUUAAUCUGUACAUACCUUGUAAUUUUUUGCUAAUUCUUUUCUUAUUUUAUUUCUUCCUUAACAGUAUUUUUUGCAUUAGAUAUCAUUAUUGUGAAGAAAUAAUGUUAAUAUAAGUAUGUAGCGAAGGACCAAACUGGUGUAAUUAAGGUUGUAUGUUGUAUGAUCGAUAACCAGGGAGUAGGAAGAGUUUGUUAACGUGCCAAACGACCCCGAUUAAUCCUGCUAUUCUUGCUGCCCAUUCUCCAGACAAUCAUACGUUUUGUUACCCUUGCAGUUGGGUGCCAGCUGCAUCCGACUCCGGUUCCUAUUUAUUUCCUUGGUGGGCUGGGAAGCAAAAGCAGCCUCCGCCGAGCCAGCCCCGCGCCAGCGGGGGGACGGGGAAGCGCUCGGCCACGGGACGGCUCGGCCCCGCGGCACCCAGGCGCCAGGAGACACCGAGCGGUGGCACGGGUCCGUCCCUGCCCUGGGGAAGCCCGAACGCCUCGCUCCUGCUGCUGGCCUCCUGCGUGCCCGGAGCGAGCCGAGCCCCCUCUGAGCAGGGAGCGCGGCCGCGGCUGCCUUGGUGGGACGUUUGCUCGCCCUGCCCCAGGGCUCUGCGCGACACCGAAGGCAGCUUCGAAGAGGUCGGCAUCGCGCUCCUCGGCACGGGGAGCUCCCGGAGCAGCAGCGAGCUGGUCUCCAAAGCGUGGGCCAAGUACUGAGCAAUGCAAAUGUUACUGUGGGGUUUGUGGGUUGUUGUUUUUGUUGUUGUUUUUUUUUUUUUUUUGGUCUUCCCUUCAGCAUCUCAGCCCUCCGUUCUGUUGCGUCGUGUCUCCAGAGGAGCAGGUCGGCGGCUCCCUGGGGGGCAGCUCCCCAUGGCUCUGCCGGAGCGAGCCCACCGCCUCGUGCGGCAUGCUGCUGGCCAGGGGCACGGGCCAGCCAGGGAUCAAGGACAUGAAAAAUAGAGCUUUUUAAAUCAUGAAAUGAUUUUUUUUUUCUUUUUGCAUUUUCCUAAUUCAGUUUUCUUCCCGUUUUCUCGAGCUAGUGCCUCUGCUUGCUUUAGGAUCUCCUGACUCCUCUAAUUUAGCACUGAUGACAAGUUUUAAUUUCUCCACAGUUAAAUAAAGAGAAAGCCUCACUGAAUUUCUAUUUAUCUUGUAGCUCUCAUUCAAUUGCACUUAAAAUGUGUUGCAGCUCGUAGCAGAUGUUUAGGUUUUGCUUUGCUAUUUUGGACAAAAGCGGUCACUUAGCUUUGAAGGAUGUUUCCCAAGACGUGCGCGUGUCGAGGACGGCUCUGCCGUCAGGACGGAGCUGGCUUGCUGGCACGGGCAGGUCCCCCCAGCUCCAGGGGACACGGAGCCGUAGUGCCUAAGGACACCCGAUGCCACCAGCACGGCGUGCUCAGGACCCCCCGAUGGCGGUGCGGUGCAGCAGGGCGCGUAGUUGCAGCGGUUUCAGUACGGCCUGGCGUUGGUGUGAAAGCGAGGGCACCAUGCGAGGUGUGAUGCAAAGCAAGGAUAUUUGCGUAGGAUCUAUUUAUUAAAUGUACCGCCACAUCUCGUAGCCAUACUGCCACGACAGCAAGGGGACGGGGGCAGGCUGCGGGAUGUUUCCUAUCCCCAGGUGUGGCCGAAGGAGGCUGCAGCAAAGAGCAACUGUAAGGGUCCCGUGGGGCUUCUGAGCACCGCGGGGCCGUGUCCCCUCCGUACGAGCCCACCACAGAGGAGGACGCAGGCCUGAGGCACGCGCUCGGCUGCGGGGUUUUGAGCAGUGAUGGGAACGGCCGGGGCUGGGGCGCAAAGCUGGCAGAGCAGCGGCAGUGCCGAGGGUGUCGGUGCACCCAGGGGAGCUGCGCACACCCGGCAGGAGCUGCCUGCGCUGCCGUUCGGUGCCCGGGGAUGUCCCGUGGGGCAGCCGGCUGCGCUGGCUGCGCGCUGUUCACUCGUGGUCACAGCAGAGAGGAGCAGAAGCGCGGGGCUGGAGAGGCGCGGCUCGGUGUCAGCGGCAAACCCAACCCAGGCAGGGUUCAACAGCAAAACCCGAGCUGGGUCUGCUAAACUGCAUCCCAGGACAAAACGCGGAGCUUGGUUUCUGUCUUGCUUAAAACAAAGUAGUGGAAGCGUUCGGGUUCUCCCUCAGCAGCACUUAGGCUCUCGGUAGAUGUUCUUGAAAACGGCUUCUCGCUUCCUGCGAAGCAUUUCGAAAGCACUUGCACAACGACGUGAACAUGUUUAGACUCUAAGCAUCAAAGCACUGGAUUGUGAGCCCCCUCCCCUCAGCCAGUUUCAACCUACUGACUUACAUUCAAUUUUUACGUGCUGUACUGUGUGUGUGUGUGUGUGGCGGGGAAGGGGGAGCACCGUGGUGGAGGAGCCUGCGCUUCGCCGCCUGCCUCAAACCCGGCGGGGAGCGCGGCACGGUGCUGGUAACAUCAGGGCAAAACCCUCUGCUCCUGGGUGACGGUCAGUGGUGUGCUCACAAAGCCAUGAACCUUUUUCUCUGUAGUGUUGAGUGAUACUGUGAUUAAAAUGUUAUUGAAUGAUUCCGAGAUUAUUUUUUUCUUCUGUCAUUAAUUCUUAUUACCACUUUGGAAAAAGAAUGAAAAAGAAAAAAAAGGCAGCUUUGAUUUCCAAAUGUGCAAUUCACAUGUGAACAAAGUAAUUCUGAAAGUAAUUCUCAAUGUCUUUUACAUUCUCGUUGCUCUCUUCAAAGCAAGAGAUGUUUUGCCCUGAUGUCAUUUCCAGCCUGCAGAAGAUGUAAUUUAAAACAUAUAUAUAUUGUGCUUGCAAGAAUCAUAAAUCUGUGCAUCCCAUGUCAUUCCUUUUCCCAUUGUUACAAUACAGAUAUGAUUUAGUUUUUUUUUUUCUUUAGAACUGUAUAGUGUUUUUUUAAAUCAAUUGUAAAUGUCUGGUUUUCAUAUAAUGUUUAAAAAACAUUGAGAAAGAGGAUGGUGCUUGUUCCAUAUCAUUCUUGAUUGUAUAUUGCUUCUGUUAUGUUUAUAAGUAAACUGUGCAUGACUUGUGUUUAGCAGUCAUUAUUGUGUCUGUUUGUGAAAUUUUUAUUAAAAAGAAAAAAAUUCCGUAGAUGCACUUAUUGUAUAUGUGAUUAGAUUUUGCGUCUGAGGCUAGAAGCCUUGAACUGCCAAGAAAGAAAGAAAAAAAAAAGUGUUGGCAGUUAUUAAUUAAUAUGAAAUCGCUUUGUUGGGAGCAUAAUGAAAUAAAAGAUAUGAAGUGUAGAAAAUAAUUAAAAAAGCGAUUUUACAAAUUUCAUUUUGAUGCUUGUGAUAAAAGACAAAUGUACUUGUGUAGAGAAAUUCCUUUAAAAUAAUGAAUAGAAAAAGCUGAUUUUGAGGUUAAUGCUGUAGAAUAGGAAUGUAUACCAAAUGUAAUCUUUCCAAUGCUACAAGGAAUUUAUACAUGAGAUUGAUAUGCAAUAAA